AUGAGUGGUAAUCGGGUCCAUAUUGACCGACAAAGUUCACGGCUAGAUCUUAUUGACAACACGACGCUAACGUCGUUACCGUUUCCUCCGCCGUUGAAGUCUCAACCCCUGAAGCUCAGUAAGCGAUCUAAGCCUGACUUGCUCGCCAAUCGAUCCAGAUCACUGCCCAGCAUUCUUGAUAAUAAAGCUUUACCUUUGGAGCUUAAGGCAGCGAGAGAUGUCACGAGUCCACUCAACAAAGACGUUUCGGCUCGAGAUGCUAGCUUCACUUCCAUUGACACCUUAACUUCUCAAAACAUGACCACUGAGAUUGAUGAUAGUUUUGAAGAUGCGGAAGAGCCGAUAAUUUUUGUAGAAGACUACAUGAAGCCACAACAAAUACCCAAUCUGCAGCCCAAUUUCUCACGUCAGAAAUCACUCGCCAACUUCAAAAAGCGGUUGGGAGGUGAGCUCAAAAAAAGAAGAAUCUCGGCUGAACAUGAAGAUUUAGAACAAAUCUUUGGCCAUAUCCCGGGAAAAAACCUACUCAAGUACUGUGACAUAUGUGACAAGCCACUAUAUGAAAUGAGUUCUCUCAUAAACAACAAACGAAUCAAGCACAAUAAGAUCAACGAAUGGAACGAUGUGUUUAAUGAAUUUAUAUGCUUCGAGUGUAUCGAUGUGUAUGAAGAUUUCUUGAACGAAUUGUAUACCCAGGAAGUUGAGCGAGAACCACAAACUACUUCUUCAUCAAGCAUGACAGAGCUGAAAAACUUGAAGCUUUUGAACAUCUUCAAAACAAUUCAACUUAGAUCUCUCGAUAAAAGGACGAUUUUUUCCAAUAACUUGAUCUCAAGACUCCAGUUUUUGAAUUCAAAAUCCUUGUCUACAGAUAUUGGAGAGCUUCAGGAGUUGAACUGGAUAACCACUUUGCAAAAUAAACUCAGAUGGAGAUGGAGGCUCGAUGGACUCUUACCAUCUUUUAAACGAAAAACUAGCAAUUAA